AUGGACGUCGAGAACCACAAGUACGUCUAUCUCGCUGACAAUGUCACCGUGGACGCCAGCAAGGAGGCUGGCCAGAGCUAUCUCAAGGAAAUCCGCGUGAGAAUGGCUGGAAACAAGUACGUCGCCCAUGUCCUUCGACAGGGAGGAUCUCAGGAUCCACGCAUCAAGAGGGUCGCCCGAUUGCUGGAGCAGCUCAAUGGACAGGAGCAGGCAAUGUGCGACUUUUGCGUCGAGGUUUUCGACACUUGCGCAAGAAACCCAGUCCGAUACGUAGGUUUUGACCCCCACCUUGACAACCUGAUGAAGAAGUUGCGCCGCGCCGCCGACUAUGCCGACGAGUUCGGAAAGAGAAUCCUCCUCUGGGUGGAGCACCUUCGCAUCACAGGCUCUGUCCUUAGCGACACUGCCAGUCGCUCCCUUGAGAGCAGCUUGCCUAUCCAGCGAGACAUGACCUUGGGCAUCGUGUGGUCUGCGGCCAUGGCCUGUCCUGCGAAGAUUCGACCUCCUGGUCCAGGCAGUCUUCCCUAUCAUCCUCAGGGUGCUCCCAAUCCGGAAGAGAAGGCGUUCCGUCCUUACGUUGAUGGCAAACCUGUCCCUUUGCUGGAACAAAACUACUACAGCGGUGACCUUCGACCGGUCAAUUGGAGAUUUGACCCCGACGUCCGGGCACCAAGUCCCUACUGCAAGUUUUUCCGCUUCAAUGGCCCAUACUUCCGCCCAAACAAACCUCUGCACCCACGAAACUUGAACACAUUCUUCAUGCCUGAGUCUGCGGUCAACAUCUGGCACUACUACAUGAGAAGAUACAAUCAAGUCGAGAACAACUUCAAGGCUACAGGCCGUCUGCCCACCCGAAACGAGGAGGAAGAGGCGGAGCAUCAAGUCCAACAGAAGUUGUACGGAGUCCAUUUGGCGGCUUCUUCUGGUGAGAAUUAUGAUAUAUUCUCCAUCGUGAACAAGGUGGACCACUACGAGACCAUUGAGAAAUCAACCGAAGCCUACGUCUUUGUCAAGCCAGGAACUCAGGAGCGACAAGUCAAUUUUGGUGAUGGAACAGGAAGAUUCAAGCCAGAGGAUCUCAACCGCGCAAUGAAGAUAUGCGAGACCGGCGAGCGACACUCUGUCCCCACGGUUGACCACGGCAAGUGGCUGGAGAUGGACAGGAAGAUCGAGCAUCUGGAAGCACCUUGA